UUAAUAAAACUGCAGUUCUACCUCCACCCCUUUACCGCUACCCACCCUCCUUGUGAAUUCUUCCAAUUCACUUUCCCGCAGAGGAGCACGAGCGAGAUUGAAGAUACCAACCUCCAGAAACUCCACACACUGCAGUCAUGGCAACUACCGGAGAACCAAUAUUUCUGGAUCAAAGUGACUUUGAAUAUGACUACGAAACCCUCAGGACCACAGGGGUGAUCCUGGCAGUGAUCAUGUUUGUAAGCGGGAUCCUGAUUGCGUUGAGUAAAAAAUUUGCAAAAUGUGCGCAAUCCUCAUCCAACACCAGUCCCGUCGAAGGCUCACAGCUACCAAAGACAGAAGUGCCUCCACAGACCGUAUGAGGAGAUAGGGGUGUGAGAGGGGGUGACUGGCUGCCUGGCUCUUCUUGGAUUCACGCCCGAGAAAGCAACGCCUAACCCCAGGCCCCUGCCAAUGCAAAAACUGAGUGGCCAAACCACAAGAUGCCGACCGGUGCUCCCUCUUUGUACAAAACUUUUGAUCCAUCUGAAAUGCUUUCUCUGCUAGUCGCAACCAUGUCCACCAGAUCACUCUGGCUAUCUUGGCUUUGGGUCCUCUAUCCUAUACUACGUGCAAGCACCUGUUCAUUUUGUUUAAAGCAUAACCCAACUUUAUUACUACAGGGUAACCGAAAAGUGACUACACUUUGCAAUAAGUAGAUCUAUUCAAGCUGUACUGUAUUGAUAUUUACACUUGAAAGUAAUGUAAUCACAAGGUCCUACAUUCAAACUGAUUAUCAGGAACUAUCUACGUAAUACCCUUUGUGCACUGAGCAUGUUUGCGAUACUGUGAAUCACUAUGCUCAUUGAAGGUGGCUCUCCUCUGGCGCCCUCAUGUGGAUGCACCAGGAACAGGUCAAGAUAGCCGCGCUGUGAUUGGCUGAGUAGCUGUCUGUGUUCUCUCCCUUGGAUUUUUCUGGGGCUUCUGCUGCAACUCCUGCAUGAGCCAACAUAUUACUCUACUGUAUUACAACUGCAACAUCUUUAAACAUACCAAAUGCAUUACGCUAUGCCCUUAUUUUAGUGAAUAUAGGGGAAGAAUGUGGAAUUUAAUUGGGUAGAGUUGCAAGAGAGUAGUGAGACAAUUAAGGAAUAAUAGUAUUAACCUGCUUGUUUAAUAUUUAGAGAUAUUUUUACCCUUGUAGAAGAUGCCUGAACCUGAGCCAUUGCAUAACCAAAUGACUAACAAGUAUUUUUCAAUGAUGCACAGAACUGAGGAACUGAUGAGAUAAAUAUGUAUUUCAAUAAACUCGUCCCUGCUUCCA